AUGGACCACUCCCACUCCCGCUCCCGCUCCGACUCGAAACCCCCUCCGUACUCGUCGGCCCCGAUAUCGACCUCGACUUCUACAUCCGCCCAGAUCCAGUCCCACAGCCGCAGUCACAGCCACAACCAGAGCCAGAGGACGCCAGCACCACAGCAGCGUCCCCUCGACACGGCCGCCGCAGCACCCUCGCGUCCGGCCUCACGCCGCCGCCGCCCCUCCUCGCCCGGCGUCGUAUCGGCUGCCUUUCUCGAGCCCCGCAUCGCCGUCGUCCUCAAGAUCCCCAAGGCCUGGAGGCCCUGGCUCUUCUUCAGCCGUCUUCUCUCCAUAUGUCCCGCCAUCCUCUGGGGUCUCAGGCCCGCGCUGCAGCUGCUCCUGCGCCUCCUACUCGCCCUGCCAUGGAAGACCCUGCUUGAGGCCCUCGGCGCCGAUGUCGCCGCCGCCGGCUUCACCGCAGACGGGCCUCCCGAGACCAUGUGCCCGGCCGGCCCAGCGAGCCUGAGAGGUGUGCUUGGCACCUCCAAGGUCCCCAGCACCACGUCGACGUAUCCCUGGACCGAGAUGUCUUUGGGUGUCAUUUGGUGCGGCUCCUCCGCCUACCUCUCCUUCUUCUUCGCCGACUGCCUCAUGUCCCGCUGGCUCAUCAACUACUCCCCGCAAGCCGCCAUCAUCCGCCUCCUGACCAUAAACUGCGCCAACGCCUUCCUGACGGAACGCAUCCUCUUCAUCGCCGGCGGCUUCGACGACGCCCGCCUGCUUCUCCCCGGCUGGAUCAGCAUCGCCACCGUGAGUUUCCUGCUUUUCCCUCUUCCUCCUCCUCCUCCUCCACGCUCCCGCAAGGUCGACCACCUGCGAGCUCGUUCUUCCUCGUGUUUGCUGACCGUGUGUCCCACCUCCUCCCACCCGCAGGCCCUGACGCUGUGCUAUCACAUCACGCAGCGCAAGAUCAACAUCCGCAAGGAGACGUCGACCUCGAUCAACAUCUUCUCCAUCGCCAGCUUCGUCAGCAUGGUCGCCUUGCUGGCUCACCUCCACACGAGCCGGCUCGAUUACCCCGAUGCGCCGCUGCUCCACAUUGUGCGCGCGUGCCGCCAGUACUGGGCGCAGAUGAUGGGCGAGAACGACGGCGACUUGGACGCCAAGUGCGAGCUCUAG